UCUUUUGACAAUACCAAAGAACAUAGACAAGCUCCUAGUCCACCAUCUGGAUAUGAUGUGCUAGAACAAUUAAAGAAUGUUUCUUUUACCCUUGGAAAAACUCAUGCAGGCCAAAUUGAUGGCGUGAAAGAAAAAACAUGGAAAAAAUUAAGCAUUUUCUUUGAACUUCCUUAUUGGAAGGAUGUCCAAUUGCGUCAUAAUCUUGAUGUGAUGCACAUAGAGAAAAAUGUGUGUGACAAUAUAAUUAAUACUCUUUUGAAUGUUCCAAAAAAAUCAAAGGACAACUUGAAAGCUCGUCGUACUUUAAAAGAGAUUGGAGUAAGAAAACAUUUGUGGCCUGUUGAACGUAGUAAGGGAAAAUAUUAUUUGCCUCCUGCUCCUUAUAACUUAAGUAAUUCGGCAAAAGAUCGUUUCUGUGAGGUUUUGGAGAAUGUUAAAUUUCCAGAUGGUUAUGCAUCAAACAUCUCCCGAUGAGUAAUGAAGCGAAAGUUAAGUGGCCUUAAAAGCCAUGAUUGCCAUGUGAUGCAAUUAUUUCUUCCUCUUGCUAUGCGAGAAAGUGUAACUGAAAAAGUGGCCUCGGUGUUGAUUGUGCUGUGUGACUUUUUCCGAGCAUUAUGCUAAAAAACACUCAUUGUGCAAGAAUUAACCGAUCUUAAGUCAAAGGUCGUUAUAACACUUUGUAAUAUGGAGAAAAUAUUCCCCCCAACAUUCUUUACAAUAAUGGUGCAUUUAGCUGAUGAGGCUAUAAUUGCCGGUCCAGUCCAUUAUCGUUGGAUGUAUCCUAUUGAGAGAUACUUAUCAACUCUUAGUUCAUAUGUGAGAAAUAAAGCAUGUCCUGAAGGUUCAAUUGCAAGUGGGUAUCUUCUACAAGAAUGCUUAACAUACUGCUCAAGAUACAUGGCUGAUGUUGAUGGAAGAGUAAACCGUUCAACUAGAUCUAAUGCUUUAGCUAGUGAUGAACCUACUGAAGUUUCUGAUCUUUUUGCUUCAACUGGGCAACCUUAUGGAAAAAUUGAAGGAUUUAUGAUGGAUGAAAGACAAGAGGUUCAGGCACAUAGAUAUGUGCUUUUUAAUUCUGAUUGCAAGGAAAUUGAAGCUUUAAGAGAUGAGCACAUAGCCUUUUUGAAGAGAAUUCAUCGACGAAGUCGCCCAACACAACUUCAGUUAGAUCGUAUGCAUAAUGAACAAUUUAGUGAAUGGUUGAAAAUUUUUGUGAAUGAUCCUUGCAAUAAAAGUGAUGAUAGAAUCUCAGAUGAUGUUAAAGCACUUGCAACUGGUCCAAUGCAUGUUGCCAAAAGAUUCCAUGCCUUUGAUACAAAUAAUGGUUACAGAUUUCGUACUAAGGAUUAUGAAAGGAAUAAGAAGACACAAAAUAGCGGUGUCAUGGUCGUAGCAAAAACACAAAGUUAUGCUAGCACUAGAGACACACGUCCUAUUGUGGGAGAAGUGACAUACUAUGGGGUUCUUGAUGAUAUAAUCGAGCUAAAUUAUUAUAAUAAGUUUAAGAUUGUAUUAUUUAAGUGUGAUUGGGCGGAUAUAAAUCAUGCAAGUGGGAUAAAGAUAGACAAGUUAAAAUUUACUUUAGUUAAUUUGAGUCGCUCGAUGUAUUCUGGAAAUCGUUUGACUGAUGAGCCUUUUGUGUUUUCUUCUCAAGUGCAUCAAGUUAUAUAUGUUCAAGAUAGAACUGCACGGGAUUGGUAUAUUCCUAUACCAAUAAAGCCAAGAGAUACUUUUGAUAUGGGUGAUGAAGACUCUGAGCCAAAUCACUUAAUGGAGUUUAAUGAAACUCAAACAUCAAGUUGUGUGCAUGAUCAGCAAAAUGUUGAGAUUGAUAUUGAUGACUUAACUUGGAUGUCAAGUGAUGUACAAGGCAUGAAUGUUGUCGAGAAACUUAGUACAGUAUAAGUAUGAUUUUUAAAAAAAAUUUACUGGUUUUGUAUACCUGGGAAUAAUAUUCUAGUUAAGUGAUGUUUUUUUUUUUUUAAAUAUGUUAUUUAUUUGUUUUAUAGUGUCAUUUUUAUAUCUUUUAAGUUUUUAACUCAUAUAAUUACCAUUGAUUUUUACAUAUAUUUUUUAUUUAAUACUUGGGUGUGAUAUCUUUAAUCAAUAUGUUUUUAUCUUAAUAUUUCAAUUGUCUUUAAGAGCAUUUUCAGAUCUAGAUGGCAAAAAGAAGACGUUUGAACAAGAUCAGAGUAUAUGUGGAGAAUCCUUCCACUUCAACAGAAAUGGCUGAAACUCAAUAUACAGAUAUGGACGCAUCGCAUACUGUCCAACAAAUAAUGUCUAGAGAAGAAACAACCAUAGAAAAUGAGAUGGAUCCAUUAAUGCAAGAUGAUCAGGAUAGUGAAGAAAAUUCUGUGACUCGUAGAGGUCCAACUAUUCUUGCUGACAUCUGGAACCAAUCCCCGGAAGAAAAGUGGGUUGUCAAAUUCAAUCGUUAUGGACAACCUAUUGGUGAAGAAAGUACUCUUUUAUCUAGUUUUAUAGGCACCAUAGGGAGAAAUCCAGAGCUAGCACCACAAGGACAUCCUGAUUGGAGACUGGUUCCAAAGGAAUACAAAGAUAAGUGCAUGGAUGAGAUAAGGGCACGUUUUACGUUUCCACGUAUUGGGGAACCUUUCAUUCUAAAGACUAUAGGAGAAAGAGUGAAAGAUUUUAGAGGAGAAUUAAAGGCUGAGUAUUAUGAGCCAAACAAGCAUAAUAGGACCUACUAGUAGAAAACAAGCCUGGUCGUGUACCUAUCGAGCAAUGGCUGAAAUUAACUACAUAUUGGGAACAAGAUAAGACUAAGACGCGUGCAACUAUGAAUAAGAACAACCAAUUGAAACAAAAAAUGCCUCAUUGUUCUGGAAGGAAGAGUUUUGCUCGCAGAAGAGCAGAAAAGACUAUUAAUGGUGUGGAGCCUUCUCGAGCACAAAUUUAUAUUGAUACUCAUAAGGAUAGAAAGACAAAGGAUAAAAAAAAAGAUAGAUGAAGAAUCAGCUAAAGCUGUUGAGUUGAUGAAAGAAAAACUAGCUGAAAUUCCUGGUGGUGUUGAACAAUCUGAAGGAAGAAUUGCAUGGUCGGGUGAUAUAUAUGAUCAAGUUAUUAAUAAGCCAGAAAAGUAUGGCAAACUGCGUGGAGUUGGUUUUGGAGUUAGUUCGUCUAUUAUAAGAGAUAACUCAUCAGCUAGCCAAUUACGUUUGAUUUCUUCAAAUAAUUGUGACAAUGUGCAAUUUGAGAAUUUAAUUGAGGCGAGAAUUAAGGUGAUACAAGAAAAACAUCAAAAAGAAUUGAAAGAAAUGCAUGAGAAGGCAAAGGAAGACAUGAAACAGAUGCAUGAGAGACAAGAAUAUUUAGAGGAUAAUCUCUCUAAGUUAGUUGAAUUUCUAACAAAUACUCUGCCAAAAAAA